AUGGCAAAGAACUGGGUGAAGGAGAAGCCCUGGCUGCCCCAAGAUAUAGGGCCAAAACUCCCUCCCUUCGACGGCAAUCUGAUGGACCCUAAUGUCCUAUUCCUCAAAGCCCUCGAUUGUGACUCUUCCCAUGGCACCAUCGUCAAGGCACGCAUCGGUCGCCAUCUCUACGCCAUAAAAUUCUUCCUCGACCCUCCACCAGAAAUUAACACCAGAGAUAUCUACGGCCACAAGGGAUCGUGGAGCUGCUGUGAUGGCUUCGACUGGUAUUUCUCACCGUUUGAGAACGAGUGUCGAGCUUUUGGUAGACUGAAGGAGGAGAGAGCCGAGUCCAUUGCUGUCAAGGUCUACGGAUGGGUUUCUCUCACGGCAAAACAGAUUAGAAGAAAACUCGCUGCUGCGGGCGCGGAGAAGUUGACCGGAUUUCCUCCUGGAAUACUCUACGGCAUUGUCAAGGACUGGGUCGAACUGACUCCGUAUCACGAUUCGAAGCAACGCGCCAAUUACGACCAGAUGGUAGCCGUGAAGUACUUCGCCAGAAUGCUCAAAGAUCUCCAUAAACUUCACUUUCUGGGCAUAGUGGUUCGCGACUUGAAACCAGAUCAGUACAUCGACGGCGUCCUCAUCGAUCUCAGCCUCGCCUCUACAGUUCCCCAUCCCUACGGUCCCACAGCCGAAGGCCCCGAAAGUCCAUGGCAACCGCGCUGGACUUACGAAAGCCUCGCAGCAUAUGAUCUAUACAACUUCCAAGUCCACGUCAUUGACUUCUGGAGUUCGUGCCGCUUUUGA